CUCGACUUCCACGGUGGCAGUGCCUGGUUCUGGAACCUCCUCAGCGGAGUCCUGGACGGUGUCGUCAAAGAUAAUGUUAAUGUAGGUCAAGGUCUUGGCCCGUCACGUGAUCAUUAUUUGAUGACCGUAGUGGUCAGGUUUUAGUCGUAAUCCUUGUUUGUUGUUGUUUUUUUAUUUACUACACGAAAGUUUCUAUCUACUAAGACGACGAUAAUGACCAAUAAAUUCUGAUGUUUCCUUCGCAGCUUUGCGAUAUGGUCGACGAUCUGAUCAAUAAGGACGCCGAGGCGCAGUUAGCUCAGAUGAAAGGUGAGAUGUGGUACUAUUGGAUCAUGUUAAGUGGCGAUGUUUAGCCACACGUGGGUAGUUGUGAUAGGAGUGGGUGAAUUUGUGGAUAAUCGACCACAUGUCGGGGGUGUUUUAAACAUGUUUAAAAGUUUUACGUAGUGACUUUAGGACACACAUAGGAAGUGAGACAUUUGGGACGGUUAAAACAUAGGCCACAUAUGGGUCACAAAUGAAAUUCGAUUUUGUUCAAAAUAGAAGUUUGAAAUUGUUGACAUUUUGAUAUAUGAUGUCAUUUUUUUUACAUUUUUUUCAUGAUAAUUUCUCGUCUCAUUUAUGAUCCAAUUCGUCCAGUUACCAUUGAAAUUGCUGACCGUUUCCUGUUAGACUAUGGGCUGCUGGCACCGGUCACAUUCACACAAGAUUACAUGGAGAGCUUCCAUCGGG